CGGCGGUGGCGGCGGGAGCGCGCGGGCGGCGAGCGGAGCCCAGAGCGGCCGCGGCGUCCGAGACCGGCGAGCGGGAGAGCGCGGGGCGUCCGGACAAAGAGGCCGCCGCGCGGAGAGCAGCGUCUGACAUGGGUGUUACAUGAGGCACUCUCAGGGAUGCACACGACCGUGCCCGUGGCUGGAGCUUCUCCCCUGGAGAAGUAGGUAAAGAUGGAUGAGUCGGCCCUGCUGGACCUUCUGGAGUGCCCCGUGUGUCUGGAGCGGCUCGAUGCUUCUGCCAAGGUCCUGCCGUGCCAGCACACGUUCUGCAAGCGGUGUCUGCUGGGGAUCGUGGGUUCCCGGAACGAACUCCGAUGUCCCGAGUGCCGGACUCUGGUGGGUGCGGGCGUAGAGGAGCUUCCCAGCAACAUCCUGCUGGUCAGACUUCUGGACGGCAUCAAGCAGAGGCCUUGCAAGGCCGGCCCGGCGGCCGGCGGGGGCACCAACUGCGCAAACACGGCAAGGGCUCAGAGCAGCUCUGGGGCCAGUUGUGGCUCGAAAGAUCUCCAGAGCUCCCAGGGUGGACCGCAGCCUCGGGUGCAAGCCUGGAGCCCUCCGGCGAGGGGGACACCUCAGCUACCGUGUGCCAAAGCGUUGUACAACUACGAAGGGAAGGAGCCUGGGGACCUGAAGUUCAGUAAAGGCGACAUCAUCAUCUUGCGGAGACAAGUGGAUGAAAAUUGGUACCACGGGGAAGUCAAUGGGGUCCACGGCUUUUUCCCCACCAAUUUUGUGCAGAUUAUCAAACCGUUACCUCAGCCCCCGCCUCAGUGCAAAGCACUUUAUGACUUCGAAGUAAAAGACAAGGAAGCGGACAAAGAUUGCCUUCCGUUUGCAAAGGAUGACGUCCUGACUGUGAUCCGCAGAGUGGACGUGAACUGGGCGGAGGGCAUGCUGGCAGACAGGAUAGGGAUAUUUCCAAUCUCCUACGUCGAGUUUAACUCGGCGGCCAAGCAGCUGAUCGAAUGGGACCAGCCCCCCGGGCCGGGCACGGGGGCCGGAGAGGGUCCCUCAGCCACCGCCCCAAAGCAGCCAGACGCUAAGAAGAACACACGGAAGCGCCACUCGUUCACGUCGCUGACCACGGCGGGCAAGUCCACGCACGCCGGGCAGCAGCGCCACUCCAUGGACAUCAGCCCCCCGGUCCUCAUCAGCUCCAGCAACCCUGCAGCUGCCGCACGCAUCGGCGAGCUGGCUGGGCUCUCGUGCAGCGCCCCAUCUCAGGUUCACAUAAGCACCACUGGGCUGAUUGUGACCCCGCCCCCGAGCAGCCCGGUGACGGCCAGCCCCGCGUUCACAUUCCCGUCGGAGGGCCCCUACCCGGCUGCCCUCGGGACCGUGAAUCCUCCCCUCCCCCCGCCCCCUCUCCAGGCGGCCACCCCCGCAGGUGCUGCUGUUGGGACGGGCACCAGGCCGGCAGCCGGACCCACUGACCAGACCGCGCACCUCCGGCCUCAGACUCGCCCCAGCGUGUAUGUGGCUGUGUACCCGUACACCCCCCGGAAGGAGGACGAGCUGGAGCUGAGGAAGGGGGAGAUGUUCCUGGUGUUCGAGCGCUGCCAGGACGGCUGGUUCAAAGGCACGUCCAUGCACACGAGCAAGACGGGGGUGUUCCCCGGCAACUAUGUGGCCCCCGUCACCAGGACCGUGACCAGUGCUUCCCAAGGUAAAGUCCCAGUGGCUGCUGGGCAGGCCGGUCGGGGGGUGACCACGGGCAGCCCAUCCACCGCAGGAGGGCCUGCCCAGCAGCUGCAGGGGAACGGCGUGGCCGGCGGUCCCGGGGUGGUCCCCACAGCCGUGGUGUCCGCAGCCCACCUCCAGACAAGUCCCCCGGCCAAGGUCCUGAUGCACAUGUCUGGACAGAUGACCGUCAGCCAGGCCCGCAGUGUGGUGAGGACAGCCUCGGCGCACGGCCAGGAGCGGCCCAUGGCAGCGGUGACCCCCAUCCAGGCUCAGAGCGCCGUGGGGCUGCCCCACCAUCCCCCAGCCCCCAUGGCAAUGGUGGGCCCCGGAGGCCUGGGCUGGGUGGGCGCCGCGCUGGCCCCACCGAACAUCCCCGCCGCCUCCCUGGAGACCGCCCUCCCCGGCCUUCCCACCUCUCCUGACGGCAGCUCGGCAGUCAAGCCAGACAAGGACGGCAAGAAAGAGAAGAAGGGGCUGUUGAAGUUGCUUUCCGGGGCCUCCACCAAGCGCAGGCCACGGGGGUCCCCUCCGGCCUCGCCCACCCUGGACUCAGAGCCAGGGGCCGAGCCGGGCUCCCCCUGUGCCUGCCCCGGGCCCUGUGAUGCAGACGGCCCGGCCCUGGACCCCGGCCUCCAGCGCAGGGCCGGCUCCCUGGACUCGGCCGCCCCGGUGGCCCCGCCGCCCCGGCAGCCCUGCUCCUCCCUGGUCCCCGCGGCCGGUGAGGCGCGGCCCGUGGUCUGCGAAAGGCACCGCGUGGUGGUCUCCUACCCUCCUCAGAGCGAGGCUGAACUUGAACUUAAAGAGGGAGAUAUCGUGUUUGUGCACAAGAAACGGGAGGAUGGCUGGUUCAAGGGCACGUUGCAGCGGAACGGGAAGACAGGCCUGUUCCCCGGGAGCUUCGUGGAGAACAUCUGAGGACACACUGGGGAGCCUGGACCCGUCCCCCCAGCGCCGGGCCACCCCAGCAGGACACGAGCGAGGGACCGCACGUCCCCAGCACGGUGACGUGGGAGGGGGGUGCGCAGGUCUGUCCCCUGGGUCCCGGUGUAAGGUGUGCCUGGUCCUGUCUGCUCGGCUCCACAGAGAAACCUUUUGUAAAAAGCGCUAUGGUUAAAAUGGACCGUUGUUUACAAGGUUUAACUAAUUUAUUUGCUUUUCUUAAACUUGAAGUUUUCUUGUAAUAGAUAAAUUCUUUGAUGAUUUUAAGAAAUUAUUAAUUUAUGAAGCGGUAGCCGGGGAGGAGCGGCCGUCUCCUGUCGGGAACAGGGCGUCCUUCUCGGCGCCACGGGACCCCUCCCGCCACAGGGUGGCCGCUCUGCUCCUUUGAGGCAGAAGCGCCGGUUCUGUCUGGUGUCCGCUCCGGGAAGCCACACCUAGGAGCGCAGCUGUGUCACUGGGGGCCCGGGAUGGCGAGGUGGGGACUUGAGGGGACGUGGGCGCCCCCGUCUCCUUGGUUGGGUCAGGGACCACCCCCGAGACGCAGGCCUCCAUUUCAUCGGGUGGGUUUCCGAUUUCCUGGAAUGAGGAAGAAUGAAGCACAGCCCUUGAACAAAACGUAUUCGCAGACAGACUGAGUUUUGUAACAGAAGCUGCUCAACUCUGAUUGGACGCUGUAGGAAUCGAGGUGGUCCGCUGUCUGAGGGCGGCUCUGAGAUGUCACCGCGCCUUCCCCCCGGGACCUGCGUGCCGGACGCAGCAGCACGUGUGCGGUGGUGCUGGAGUCGGGGCCGAGGGGCGCUGGGUGGCCCUGACAGGUGUCCGUGUGGCUCUCGCCCACAUCCCUCGACUGGUGCUGGACCCACCAUGCAGAGGCCGCGGCGUGAUGUCCGCGGAGGCGCGUGCGCAGAGCUGCCCGCGCAGGGCUGCAGUCCAGCAGCACCUCCCGCCCGACGCCACCCCUGGCAGGGCCUGCACCCUGCGGGACUUGGGACGGGGUUGGUCCAGCCGUUUUCUUCCAGCCUGUCUGACACCCUCGGCCUUUGGCCCUUGUCCCGCAGGCGAGGGUCAGGGCCACCCUCAGAACAACCCCAGGGAAGCCGGCCUGGCAGGGAAGGGGGUCGUGGCCACAGUUCACUUGUGAAAACACCAACGAACAGCUGUUUCAUUUUUGACUUUUCACAAUUACAACUGGGAAAUAGAAACAUGAACAGCAGAGUCUUUUGCAGUAGCAAGAGGGGGCAUGGUCUUAAAAAGAUAUAUUAUGUGGUGGAAAUGAAAUCAUUCCUAAAUUAACCUUUUUUUUUUAUAAAACACUGUACAUUAUGUUCCUGUGUAUUGAAUUUUAAAAAAAAAUACUUGGAUAUUCAUGUAAUAUAUGAAGUUUUGGUGAAAUGAACUUUAGUUAGGAGAAAAGCUGGCAUCAGCUUUCAACUGUGUAAGUUGACACCAAUGUGUCAUGAUAUUCUUUAUUUUGGGAAAUUAGUGUAUUUUAUAAAAAUUUUAAAAAGUAAACAGACUACUACUGGUCAAGAUCAUUUUUUUACCUGUCUUUUCUCCAUAUUUUAAGCUACGUGAUUGAAGCACCUCUGUUAAUAGUUUCCUGGUACAAAGUUGGUUAAAAUUCCAUGUUAAUAGAUCACCUAAGUAAUAUGAUGUGUGGGUUUUCUGUUGGUUUUUUUGACACAGUAGAUGGAGAUUUUGUAACAAGGGCCUGUUAUGCUUCGAUCGGGUAAUGAUAAAAUCGCAGUUUAUCAUUGCUUUUCAUGUUAAUAAUUUGAAGACUGGAGAAAAGGUUCAAGAUUAAAAUUUGAUGUUCAACCUUUA